AUGAACAUCGCCCAGUGCCUCACAUCGACUAGUCCUAUAGAAAACCUGACGCUGGCGUCCCUGCACUUCAGAUACAGCCCUAUUCUAUCCUCUCCUUCACGAUCCCCUGGAAAUCGCCCCUGGGCAUUCUCCCAUUCUUUUACGGAAAAUCGCGUCGAGGAGGAUGAUUUUCAAUCAAACGCGGCCGUCGGUGCUACUCGCUGGAAUACAAAAGACUCUGGUUUUCCUCUAACUGGCCUUGGCAUUCGUUACCUUGAUUCUACCGUCCGAUCCGAAGGCAAAAUUCUUUCAAAAUCUCCUCGUGAAGAAGUGUUAGGGCCCUUCAACUACAAUCGACGUCAUCGAGGAACUCCUCGACUGGAUUCGUGUUAUACCACGGUAGAAGAUGAUCAGAAAAAACUAUCGGAACGAGCUCUUCUGGAGGAGGAUCCCGCCCAACUGUCACCAUGGACAUUUUCUUCAAUGCUGAAGGCAACUGAAUUCACUGUGGAAGACCCCGUGUAUGAGUUAUCUACUUCAUUGCUGACAGAAAACAUCGAACGCAGCCCGAUUUCCAACAUUGUAGACACCGGGGAAUGUUCUCUUGAGAAGCUUUCCCUUGUUUCUGGUCUGUCAGUCGAACUUUUGGCGGCUCAAAUAUCAGCAACUGCCGAAUACACUCUUCAACGUCUGGCGGUUAAAGAACGAACCACGCUACCCACACUUAAUCUUGACGUUGGGGAAACAAGCUCAGCAACGUUCGGUAUGCGCAACUUUUUCAAAGCUAUGCCUCCUUGCAUCGGCAUCAACCCCUCAGAAAUCAUGCCGCCGCCUUCACAUUUCACACACCCUUCAUCAAUAUCCAAUUCAUCCUGCUCAGAAAACUUGGAUGUCCCGCCGUCCUUCCAUAAUCAAGAUCUGCUGACGUAUCCUGACGCGGCCCCACGCUCUGAGGAUGCUCUUAUCGAAUCAGAGCUAACGCCUACAGAGGAACUUUACCAGCUGGAACUUCCAGAGGGCGAAGCCGAAGCGUUGUACGAAUUAUCCAGCGCGUCGGACUAUUCUCCAAUUUCUGACUUCUCUUCUCGGCCCUCUGCGCGUAUGCUACGAGGAAAAAAACGCAAGCUAUCAAAAAAGAGAACAGACAUCCCUCAAUUAUGUCCUACUUUUCAACACGACCUCCAGAUUGAUGAGCAAGGUUUUCCACCUAUUAAUUUUGGAACGCCUGUCUUUGAUGCUCAUCGAGGAAUUCACCUUGCUGAUCUCAAAGCUCGGGCUGAACGAUAUAGAUUGCGCAACCAAGGACGCGAUUAUGACAAGAAGUGGCUCAUGUCGUUUGCGGGCAAGUUGACAUCAAGAGGAGCGCUUAUUGAAGAAUUCCGGUGCUAUGUGAUGGACUGCCAACAGCACAACAAAAGGCGAGAUCAUAUACUGAUUCACGUUGGUGGCCACCUUGAUCAGAGGCCGUUCAAAUGUCUGCAUUGUGACGCCCGCUUUUUGCGUAGAAACGAGUGCAAACGUCACGAGUUGAGCCAUACUGGCGACCGUCCUUACUCUUGUGACUUGUGCCCCAAUCCUACUACCUUUGUCCGGCGAGACCUUCUAAAGCGGCACUUGAAGCGAACACACCAUAUUGGGAAGGAAGAGGACUGCAGUUUGCGUAAAAAGAAAGCGAGGCGAUCCUAG